UUGGAAUCUGGCGGGGUGUUGGGGAGACAGCGGCACCUUUCUCGGGAAGCUGGAGGCGUGGGCUUAAAAUGUUCUCCCAGGGUCAGGGCAGCCUAUAGGCGUGGAGAUCGGGCUUGUUUUGACUGUGGGGUUAUGGGACGAUUCUGACACGUCCCUGGGAGAGAGGUGGAUUUAGAGUGUUCACAGGGAUGAAGCAGCACCAGAAUGGACGCAGGAAGGAAGCCCUGGUGCUGUGUCCGGAUUCUGCAGGGGAAGUUUGCCGGGACCCUGGCCCCAGCUAGCCAGUGGAAUGUCAGCCACACUGGAUCUGAAAUCGAAAGAGGAGAAAGAUGCCGAGUUGGACAAGAGGAUCGAAGCUCUUCGGCGAAAGAACGAGGCCCUCAUACGGCGCUACCAGGUGCCCUAGCCCCGCCCUGGGAGACCCCAUCCCCUCUCCUCCCCGCAGAGAUCGAGGAGGACCGUAAAAAAGCUGAACUCGAGGGAGUAGCAGUGACAGCGCCCCGGAAGGGCCGCCCGGUGGAGAAGGAGAACGUGGCCGUCGAGGUGGAGAAGAACUUGGGUCCCUCUCGGAGGUCUCCUGGGACCCCGCGGCCCCCGGGGGCCAGCAAGGGAGGCCGGCCCCUCCCCCAGCAGGGAGGCCGGGCAGGCGUGGGCCGGGUGGCCCGUCACUGGGAGGACAGUUCUGGGGAGCAGCCUCGAGGAGGAGCUGGGGGCCGCGGCCGGAGGGGCCGGGGCCGGGGGUCCCCUCAUCUGUCUGGGGCCGGAGAUGCCUCAACUGCCGACCGCAAAUCCAAGGAGUGGGAGGAGCGGCGCCGGCACAACAUCGAGAAGAUGAAUGAGGAGAUGGAGAAGAUUGCAGAGUAUGAGCGCAGCCAGCGGGAAGGCGUGCUGGAGCCCAACCCGGUGCGGAACUUCCUGGACGACCCCCGGCGACGCGGCGGGCCCCUGGAGGAGCCUGAGCGGGACCGCCGGGAGGGCAGCCGCCGGCACGGGCGCAACUGGGGGGGGCCCGACUUCGAGCGGGUGCGCUGCGGCCUGGAGCAGGAGCGGCAGGGCCGCCGGGCCGGCCUGGCCGGCGCUGGCGACAUGACGCUGUCCAUGACGGGCCGGGAGCGGUCGGAGUACCUGCGCUGGAAGCAGGAGAGGGAGAAGAUUGACCAGGAGCGGCUGCAGAGACACCGCAAGCCCACCGGCCAGUGGCGGCGCGAGUGGGAUGCCGAGAAGACGGAUGGGAUGUUCAAGGAUGGCCCGGCCGCUGCCCUCGAACCAUCCCAUCGCUAUGAUGAUCAGGCCUGGGCUCGGCCCCCCAAGCCCCCCACUUUCAGGGAGUUCCUGUCCCAGCACAAAGCGGAGGUCAGCCGCAGGAGGAAGAAGGGUAGCCGAUCCCAGACCAAGGCGGCCCCUCGUGCCUACAGUGACCAUGACGACCGCUGGGAGACGAAGGAGGCAGCAUCCCCAGCCCCUGAGGCCCCACAGCCCCCUCCACCCGAGGAGAGGCCCGUGCAGCCGCUGGAGACCCCAGCUCCUCCUGCCCACCGGCCUCCUGAGGAUGACGGGGAGGAGGACGAGGGGGAGGAUGAGGAGUGGGAAGAUGUGAGUGAGGAGGAGGAGGAGAUCGAGGAGGAGGAGGAGGAGGAGGGGGAGGAGGAGGAAGAGGCCAUCGAGGAGGAAGAAGAACCAGCCCAAGACCACCAACCCCAAGAGGCUGCGCCCACCGGAAGCCCCACCGGUGAGCAGGCUGACAAAGAGCCUUCCAGGCCAGAGGAGCCCCUGCCACUUCCCCCGGCCCCUGCCACGCCUUCUAGCCCCUUCUCGCCCCUUGGGGGCCACCAGCCCGUGUCUGACUGGGGUGAAGAGGCGGAGCUGAAUACUUCCCCCAACGCUGAUGCCCUCUCCCUCUCUCCGGGUGAGGCCUGGCCAUUUGGAAAUGCAUGAAGCUGGCUGCUUGUGUGUGUGCUGGAGGGGUGCACUGGCAGGCGGGGAACCGUCGGGGGCUGGGUUCCCCCGCCCCCUUCACUGGGACCCCGUGUACCCGCCACCCCAAUGGGUAGGGAGGACGGUCCAUGCCUGUCUCUGGAAUGCCUCCCCCCCCCCCCCCAGAUCCUGCCCGUGCUGUGGGCCACAGAGGCCCCUCCCCAAUAAAGAGUUCACGUCCUCGAAUGAUAUUCCCCAGGUGUGUCCUUGAACACCCCCUCCCACUCCCCCAGGGCC